AUGCGUAGAAAUCAAACAUUUAGAACAACGGUUUGGGAUCCACUUCUCAUCCUUUCUCAGAUCAUUGCUUUGCAAACUUUAUAUUAUACAUCUAUCUCUCUUAUUACACUUUUCACUCUUUUAAUAACAGGAACCGAUAUAACAUUAGACCACUUAUUAGACUAUCGAGAGUUUAGGGCAGAUACAGUAUUAGGAUGGACUAUAGGGUUCGCAUGGAUAGCAAAUUCUAUAGUUGGACUUGUUUUAGAUUUUAGUAUAACUUUACAUUUCUUUCAUUUAUUGAUAACUACUUAUUACUCUGGCCAUGUGCCUACAACAUUUGUAUGGUGGGCUUUAAAUGCAACAACAUGUUGUAUCAUGAUUUUUGGUGGUGAAAUUUAUUGCAUGAGAAAGGAGAUGGAACCAAUUCCAUUAAACGAUGAAAUGGGAGAAGGUGCUAGUGUUGGCGCCAGUGGUAGCAGUGCAACUGUGAAAACUAAAACAAGUGCUGACGUUGAAAGAGAUAGAUACGAAAUGGUACCAAUGGAAGAAAUAGAAGUUGGCGGAUAA